UCACUUUUUUUUAUAACAAAGUGUAGCAUGUUCCCUCUCUCCCCUGUGAUACAUGAUAUAUAAACAUACAGUGAGAAACCUUAAACUGUGCCUGGAACACACGGAAAGGGAGCGAGUGUUUCAUUGAGAACAAGUGCUACAGGCUGGUGAAUUCCCUCAGAAACUGAAUCGUUGCAUCGUGAUAACAGAAAAUGUAUCAUUUUUACAAUUCUCCAAUGUAUCAGCUCAGUGUUCACAACCAGAUCAGGCAGCGAACAAUAAAUAAACUAACCCUUUCUAGAGGCGCAGGUCCCUUGAUUUAGAAAGUUCUUAAUAUAUAUUCUGGCUCGAUGCAGAGAUGGGAGAAGGUGAUUCUCUCACCUUGGGUUAUAUUUCCCCCCAAUAUACGGUGUACUGUGACCGAACCCAUUGUUUCGCCAUUCCUUUGCCUCUCUCCCUCCCCUUGCAUUCGUCAAGGUCCAGCAAAGUGCCCGAAGCAGUGACUUUGGCCGUCUUGCCCUUGUUUCGGUGGAGGGAAGGGGUGAGUCGUUGUCGACUGAUUUCUCAUCGGUGUCAGGAGCCGGAGCCGGCACUUCACCGUCUGGCUUCCGACUUGUGAGCGUUUAUAUAAAUAUCUAGGUUGGAAAAUGACACGCCGGCGAUUGAUACAAUCCCGCCGCAGUCACACAAUGACCCGCCCCCCCUCACACAGUGUGGAGAAUGACCCAUUCAUUCUCAGGUGGUUAAGGAUGUGGAGACACAUCGCCCCCACCACCGCCUGUUGUAAACAGCAUCACUGCCGCUGAACGUAUUAGACCGAGGAAGAGAGGACCCCGUAACUUUCUUUCUGAUAAAUAUGCAUAUAAAUAUUAAAUUGCGGGGCCCACGUCAAUGUGUGGAUCGCUGGAGGUAAAGCCAGGACCAGCUUAUCUAUUUGAAGGAAUAACUCGGAGUGGAGCGAUCAUGGAGAUGGGGGGAAAACAGGGCCGAGACGCACAAUGAUGUGUUGGUCACCAUCACCAAUCUGACCACACCCUGGCUCUGCCCGAGCCGAUGAAAUAAAUGUACAAUCCAUCAAUAUGAUGGCAAAUGCUGGGGCGAUAUAUACAUAAAUAUCUGAUACAUUUUUAAAAAUCCUCUUGCAAAUUUUGCGGAUCUCUCUCUCUCUCUCUCUCUCUCUAUCCCCCUUCCCUCUCCCCGCCUGAAUAAAGUCACAAGAUGUCGGCAGAACAAGGUGCUGAAUUUGGCUCCUGUCGGAUGUGCCUGAAACGGCUCACGUAGCCCCGUCCUUGAGUGCUGCCCUGGGCCGGAUACACUGGAGUGGAGGGACGGCCGCCUCGGCAAAGGAUGUUGCCAUGGAUGAGGAAGAUGACAUGAGUUUGCUGGAUGUCAUUUGUGAUUCUCAAGCCCUGAAUGACUUUCUGCAUGGAUGUAACAAGGUGAGUAAAUAUACACUUUUACCAUUCGGUGAGGGAGGUUCCAGCCAAGCGGCAGUACCCGCUGCCUGUGCCGAGAUCUCCGAGCUGGAGGAUGACCUCGUGGACUGGUCGUCUGCCUCCACGGGGAGUGGGGAUGUUACUGGUGGCAACCUGCAGCGGAGCCGACCAGAGAAGGUCCACAUCAGGCUGCAGACCCGGCGAAAGGAGGCGACACAGCAAACCACGCUCUCCGCAGGCACCGUUCGACCUUUCCCCCCUGCCGCCCCUCGAUCUCCCACCCCCGCCGACCCUCGACCUGCCACUCCCGACACCACUCGACCUCUCACCACCAGCAACCCUCGGCCUCCCACCCCCUCGACCUGCCACCCCCGCUACCCCCUCGACCCUCACCACACCCCUCGACCUCUCACCCCCAGCACCCCUCGACCUCUCACCCCCAGCACCCCUCGUCCUCUCACCCCCAGCACCCCUCGACCUCCCACCCCCCCCACCCCUUCACCUCCACUGCCCCAGCCUGCCAACCCUCGCUCCAUCAACAAGAGCAGCAGCAGGCAUUGUCUAUUGCGGCAGGUGGGAUUGAGCAAGGAACAACCGAUGGCCAGUGUUCAGACCACAUCCAAUGGCAGCCCUGGAAUCUCCAGCCUCGGACAGGCCAGUCCACCCGUUGCAAUGUCCAGUGGCCCGAUUCAUCAGCAACUACUUGUCAAACCCGGCUGCUCUUCACUAGGCUGCGGCCCUGCCUCGCCUUUGGGCAACCAAGUGACCCCCAGCUCGCUGGUGUGUGUGUUGCAGAAAGGCACCAGCCUGCCUAGGAACUCACUCUUUGCCAACGCAAGCCUCUCGCCGCCAACACAGCCGGUCAUCCUCAAACCAGCCACCACUCGACAGGUGGUCCACCCCCCACCGUCCAGCAUGAAUGUGGUCGUCCACAGAGCUCCCCCUGCAAUACAGCCAAAGCACUGCCUGAAUAUCCAGACCAAAGCUCUCCAGAGAAGCCCAAAGCCUUCCCUUAGGCCAAACUCUCCAGCCCUGCACAACAUGGAAGCUGCCACGCAGCAGCAGACAGCUGUGCUGAACCCGAACUUCCCAGUGGAUGCUCCCGUCCGGAACGUCGUUCUGCCGCCCUGGGCUUCCAGCCCGAUGACAGGGCAAACACAAUCAGCACAGCCCCGCUUGGACAACCCCACGUUCGUUCAUGUUCCGACCCAGGCCAGCACCCUCUCAGUUCCUCAGCCUGUGGUUCCAGCCAAGAGACGGUUUAUUCUACCAGGACAUUUGGCCUCGGUGGUCAGUAGACUCCAGCCACUGCCGGCCGCUUGUGCCAGGGCUGGUUUCACUGGCCAGAGCUCAGUGGCUCUGGGACUGCCCAGGCAGCCUGCAGCCACACACAUUGUGGGCCAUCAGGGUCCUUCUGGACAGUUAAACGCCAAGAAGCCUUCACCUCCACAGAUCCUGACGGGCCAAAGCACGGCAUGGCACAGGACAAACUUUGGGCAGGUGUCCGCAGCGCCGGGCAGGCAGCCGGUGGUUGGCGGUGGAAGAGCUGGUGUUCUCACUGGACCCAGUCAGCUGGCUUCUUCCACGCUGCUUCGGGUGCCGACUCAUCCGGACGCUGACUUCCCACAGUCCCGAUCAUCUGAUCAGUGCGUGAGAUCUGUUGUACAGCCCAUGUUGCUGCCAAACCGGAUAACCGUGCCCGGCGACACUGGCCCCACGGAGCAGCCAGUGACCCUGCAGCAGCUGAGUGCCGUCCCCUCCAGCAGCUGUGGUGUGCAGCCACGGGCUUCCAGGAACGCGGAGCUGACACCUGGUCUCGGACUCCUACAGACUCGCACUCCGCCUCCGUGCUGCCCCCACGCUCCAGCCCAACUGCAGGGCUCGUGGCAUCAUCCUCCUCCCCUCUCAGUCACACCCCCACAUACUGGCAACACCCUGGCUGAAAACACCGGCCAAUGCAUCAGCCAACUGGAUGGGAGAUCCACUCUCAACUGCGACCAGCUCUUGCUGUUCCAACAGGUCAGUGCUUUCCGAUGGUCGGAGAUGUAUCAGUACUCCAGGUUAAUGGAGCAUGGAGGUAGCAUCAAGGAAUGGCAGCAGAAUGGUUACGAUGCAAAGAUAUUCAUCAAGGAUCCUGCGAUCUCCUUUCUUGCCUCUCUCGAGAACCUGGGAGAGAUCCCAUCAGGCCCCGGGGAUUCAUCCACCUUAAUGCUCUUCAAGAGUCCCAAGAACACCUCCUCCUUAAUCUCAAACUGCCCUUGGAUAUUAGUAUUUUCCACACUGUUUUCACAGUCCUCCAUGUCCUUCUCCUUGAAGGAGCGGAAGCAGCAACUUCUCUACCGACAAGUAUUGAAGAUGCAGCAGGAGAGAGGGUUGUGCCUGACAUCUACCAGCCGCCUGCCAGCCGGCAGUGCCGCAGUACCCGCCAUCACCAGUGGGGGGAGUGGAGCUGCAGUGCCAGCAAACGCUGUUCCAAUGGAAGCCGAAAUCCUCACCGCCGUAUCCCGGCCUCAGUCCAGCCUCUUCCUGCCAGUUCUGGCAAGCCAGGAAGCAGCUCCUUUCUCCACAGACGCCUGUAUUCGACGUGAUGCAGCUGCACAGUACCCUCUCGCUCGGCAGGCCACUGGCUUCAUCCCCACAGGGCUGAGUCAGAGAACAACUCUGUGUCCUGUCAGUUCCCUCGCUGCCACUUCAACAAGGGAAGAGUUUCAGCAGCACAGACAAUUGCAGCUGGUGUGGUCAUCCAUAGCAGAGGCUGACUCCAAGUAUCUCAGACCUGACCACAUUAGUGUGGAAGAUCCUCGGGAGAAUGUCCUCUGCCAACUACUGCACUCCUGCCAGACAUGCAACUGGCAAGAGACACCAAUAUUAGUUAAGGAAGCAAUUGCAGCUGAGAUUUGUUAUGCCGCCGGGAUCACCAAAGCUGCCACCAACCCACUCCCAGAACAGUCCUACCGACCUCCGCCACCAGGCCGGGCUGCCCACACCAUCCCCGGCUCGCACUGCCUCCCCGGCUGCUUCCAGACCCAAUCUACCAACCCACAACACCAGUCUUACGUUCCACUGUGUACAGUGCAAACGGUUUUAAUUCUGUCUUCCACCAGACCCGGUUGCUGUGGGUGGCUGAGUGUGUUGUUAUACGUGCGCUCUGCAAGGACAGCGUCUCCACAAUGGCAAGGGGCAUUUCAGACCAUUCACAUAAAACCACUGUCCAGCCGUAGCUGCAAGUCUACGCUACAGCUUGAAGAACCAGUGGGGAGUUUGAAGCAAUCAGUGGAAACUAUUCAAAAGAGGGACAACUUGUUACUUGAAAGAUUCUGCAAGGACCAGACCUCAGUUAUGCAGCCCGAUUGUAACACUCCGUUUCAUUCCAUUGAGGACACUGUUUUGAGUCUUUUGCCCUAUCACGUGUGCGAGGGGGCAAUGCCAUCUAGUGUGGAUUUUAUCAAAGUGGAUGAAGAGUUUCAGGUUGUGUCGGCAAAUCUCCUCAAGCAGACCCAGGCCAUGCAGAACAAAUAUCGUAUGCUGCUCUUCGAAGAGUCCAGGAGGACAAAAUCCUCCGCUGAGAUGGUGAUGAUCAAUCGGAUGUUCAUUCAGGAAGAAAAGGUGGCUUUCCUGGAAGCAAGGCAACUGGCCAGGGACAGUCCCGAUGCAUAUAUUUCAUCGGUUUUCCAACCAGACAUCGACAACUCUCCACCGACCUCUGCUUGUCUUCUUGUUGCUCCCAAUACACUCAUUCAAAGUACAAAGCAGCUCGCAGCCCCCGAGCUGGAUAUCAGGCAGGCCAGGAUCUGGCCCUUGGACGCUGGUGUGAGAGCCCAGCCGGCUGGAGAAGAUCCCGUUGUCUCCAGCCCCCCCAGCCCUCCGAAAAUCUACACAGUCAGAAGCAGAAGUGGACUCAAGCUGAAGAUAAAGCAGGAAGCAGGUUACAACCAGGUUGUUCAUCACACAGAAUUUGACCAUCUACCUGUAAGUCCAGUCAAGCAGCUCUCAGGGACCAGAGGCUGUACUCCAAGCUCCUUCAAUCACAGCAACAGAGCUUGCAAUUGCACCGUCCCGUCCCUGGCUGAGAGACGGCUGCUGGAACGUUUGGGCACCAGGGACCUGCCGAAACAAAGGCUCCACCUUGCGAAAGGCAAAAUGAAUCGUCCUUGUUGUUGCAGCCCCAUUCUGGUACCUGAUCCAACCAGAACGUACCUGCCUCAGGACAGUGCUGCAAGUAGACUUGGAGACGACCAGAAGGUCAGUCUUAGCUGCUGCCCACUGGGCACUGGAGCUCGGCACUUGACCUCCGACAGCAGGAAUGCAGGCGGCAGCUUGCCGUUCAGAACCAGGGGUCGGCCAGGAGGGAGGUGGGGCGACCACACAAGCAACGAGGUGGAGGACACCAUCGCGCGGGGUCUGAUGGAGGUGGACUCCAUCUGUCACCUGCCCUGGGAGCUGUCUCUCCCUCGGCCCAAGCGGAGGCGGUCUGAGUCGGAGGAGAACGGCAGCUUCUCCAGCGACAGUCCCCAGGACAGCGCGUUGAAUCAGCACCUGCAGAGCGCCAUCAACAGCAUCCUGGACCUGCAGAGGCUGCAGACAUCAGAGGAAGAGACUCCUGAGCUAGCCGAGCUGAGCACCCCUCCCUGCUCCCCUAGCUCUCCCUCGGAGGACUUCAUGCAACAAGAACAAGAAAGUGGCAUCAUUGGAGCUGAGACCUCCACUCUGGGAGAGAUAGUAAACAGCACCUGAAGCGACUAGCGAGAUGCUGGAACGUAAGAGGAAUAGGUUGGAAAUUAUGUUUAAUUUUAAAAACAUUGCACCUGUCUUUUGGUUUGAGUGCAGAAAACUAUAGUUGAACAGUCUCCUGGACAGUGCCUACACAGAUUAUUAUAUAAUACCAGUUGUGCAGGAGAAGGGCAAGCUGUAGAUGAAGCAGCUGACACCUACACAAGCAGUUUUGUACAAUAGCAUUAUUUAUUAACACUAAAGACCAAAUCAGAUGUUUCAAUCCUUGAUAAACCUCCAAGUGUACCUCAACGUGUGCAGUGGUCAGUUGGAGGAUUUUAUUGAUCACUGGUUCACUCAUCUCACAGCACUGAAUCCUGGUUAUUGCAGCCCUGUGUUUCUCACUGCCUUUAACAUGUUCCUUCAUGGCCACAAUUUCCAGUCAUGUGUGGGUUAGCACUAUGGUCCAUGGUUGCCAUAGUUCCUCCUUCCUCUGGAGACAGGUUGACACCAGUUUCUUUCACACACCCCAGCAGGACAUAGUUCAAUCAUGAAGUUCGGGUCCUGACCCGAAACGUCACCCAUCUGUGUUGUCCAGAGAUGCUGCCUGACCCGCUGAGUUACUCGAGCACAAUGUGUCUUUUGUUGUAAACCAGCAUCUGUAAUUCCUUAUGUGUAGGAAGGAACUGCAGAUGCUGGUUUAAACUAAAGAUAGAUACAAAAUGCUGGAGUAAUUUUGUGUCUAUCUUCUGUAAUUCCUUAUGUCUCCAGGUUAUUAAGCAUUUGGUUUUGGAACUUGGUGUUGAAUCAUUUUGAAAUAUGUUCUCAGAAUUCACAUGAACAGAUGAUCUUUACCGAUGAAUAUUUUGUCUAUAGGAAUUAUGAAUCAGUGUUUAUAAAGACAAAUUCUUCUUAAUCUGGAAUUGUUGCAAAAAUUGCAACUUUUAGAAUAUAUUUCUUUGCAAGAAAUGUAUUGCACUGAUCUAUAUUUAAUUUUAAAAAGUAUGAUUUAAAUCAAGAUUGUCUUGCACUUUAUCGGGGAUCGUGUCACCUUGAUAUAAACCAGAAAUGUUUGUUUUAUUUACAACUUUUUAACUUAGACAUUGGGUUUUGCAGCUUUAGUCCAUAAUCAGCCGUUUGCAGAAGCCUCUUGCUCGAACAAGAAAUCCACAUAGAAUUUUGUGGUUCAAUGAACUCCUGAGUUGCCACUUUUACCAAGCCUGGUUUGAGAAAGAAAGCACUUUCACCUUUCUCGGGUCCUAUAAUACUGUUUUUAUGAUUACCACAGGAUAUUUUAUAGCUGAAGAAAUCCCCAAAGUUGAUGUAACAAAACUGGCUUCCAACUCUUACAGAUGUAUUAAUGAGGGUUUAUUAACGUUUCGAGGGCUACAACAGGUCAAAGAAUGCAUGCAGGUCUGAAUUAAAAGUGGCUUCCUGAUCCCCCGUUAUCUUUAUCGUGGUCGGCAAUGUUGAUCGAUCCUCAACUGUUGUUAAAGGUCAGAGAGAACAUCUGAGCGAUCUCUGAACUCCUGUCGAUUAACAUGGAGCAUCCUCAGGCUGAGGUCAGUGCGUUCCCCAUCUGGACAGCUUGUAGUAAACCUGUUGGAAUGUGGGAAUCAGGAUCCAAAGAUGUCCGUGGGAAUUGUGUUGCCAUUGUGGUUUGGAACAGGGUGGAGGUAGUGGAGUGCUUGUUAUAUCAUCCCACAGGUGAGGAGAGGGGGUCCAACUAAGGAAGGUACCGCGUUCGAGGAGCAGGGGUGAUCCACUGAAUGACCCUGCACACUGGCCCCUUGACGUGAGUAUGGUGAAGGCGGAGAGCUCUCACUAGGAGCACUAACAGUGAGAUGAGGCAGGAGCUUUCUCAUCACGCAUGUGUGGAUGUGUGCUGGGCUAUCACCAGUCAUUGGCUUCAAUUUAUUCAUACUCACCAUUGUCACCGUAUUUCAUUCUGUUCAAAGCAAAUUUUCAUGUCCUGAUACUUGGUGCUGACUGAAAUGGAGAUAAACACAUUUUAAAUGUUUUUAAUCCUAACUUCAAAAGAGAGGUCUGGUUUUCCUAUGGCGGAAAAGACAAAAAAGGCACACACAUUCUGUCUGCACAUUCUGGCACAUUUUGGACCUUACAAAUUCAUUCAUGAAGUACUCAUCGGGUCAGGCAACAUCAGUGAGACAUCAGUCUCAGACCUCCAUAUAGAUAGUUGGGACAUUGAGAGGGAGGGUGUUUCCAUCAAUAUCAGGGAGCCCCAGUGAGUGUUAGUGACCACAAAGGCCAACUUCAACUCUGCCCUUUUAGAGAUUCUGACAGCCUUCAUUGAUGUGUUUCUGUACAUACCAAUGGAAGCUCAAAGCUCUUUGUGAAGAACAAGCUCAUGAUUGUUGGCCAACAUGAGAUGUCCAGAGGUGUCCAACUGAAAGUCCCAUCCUUUCAGUAUCUCAGAAUAUCCCAAACACCUUCAAAUGGUUUAAGAUAUGAUCACUGUGGUUGGGCAACUUACUCACUCCAGGUGGCACAGUGGCGCAGCUGAUAGAGCUGCUUCACUCUGCAUUCACAGUGCAAGAAAUCCACGUUCAAAUCUGACCUUGGGUGCUCUCUACGAGAAGUUUGCAUGUUCUCACUGUGACCGCUUGGGUUUUCUCCAAUUUUCUCCCACAUCCCAAAAAACAUGUCCCUAGUGUAUGGGAAGUAGAUGAAAAAGUCCCUCAGUCCUGCAGGAGGACAGCCUGGGUUCUGAGCGAGGUUUGAACUCUCGACCUGCUAAGUCUUCAUUUCCACCCUGGAAAACCCAGCUUCUUCCAAUGAAAGAGAUGUUUAAAUAAGCUAGAAUAAGUCCAGAGUGAGCCUUCCGCCCCGGGAUAAAGUCGAUUACUGCAUUUUACAGCAGACAAAAAAUCUUUGGUUUUCAGGGGUUCUGAGCUUGGCUAGGAUAAUUUAAGGUGUGUUAGAGUUAUAGAGGUGCACAGCAUGAAACAGACCAAUCUGCCCAACGUGUCCAUGCCAACCAAGAUGUAGGAAUGUUACAAAAUUUUGAGAUUUUAAAAAUCAAGCCUGUAAUUCAUCCCAUCAGACAAAGCAUAAAAAUAACUUUAAUUUGAUACCUAAUUCACUUUCAUAUCUUCAGUAUUAAAAAAGUUAUGGUCAUUUCCAUACUCAUAAAUUAGCAUCUUGUUCCCUAUUGCUUUUAUUGACUUAACACAAAAGCUGUGAUCGAGGACAGUCAAAAGCCCAUAACUUUCUUAAAAAUUAAGAGAACUGAAUGAAAUUUUCAGUUAUUAUAGAUUGAAGCAUUCUGAAACAAAUAUGAUACAUCUUACUUGGAUGACCUGAAAUUAAAGUAUAUAAUUGGUUAAUUACCUAAUUGUAGCUAAUUACAAAUUUAACCGUUGUGACGGAAAUAGUAAUAAACUCCCAGACUGCCUUGAAAAUUCAAAAAUGUGAUAUUCUCAAGAUCAGAACUUUAAUAUUAUUGUAACGUUACAACAAAUAGUAAAUACCCAACAAAAAAAUCAUAUUCAUCAGUCAUCAAAUCAAUUAGAUUCAUCUGAAUUCAAUUACUAGAUCUAAACAUCUAUCCCAUUCUUAAGAAAAGGCUAAAAAUAUAUUUUUAAAUAGCCAAAGUAUCCAAAUAACAAACUGAUCCCAUUCACACAAGAAUUCACAAUAUAACAUGAUGUUUAAAUCUCACUUUGUCAUGAAUUUCUAUGUCAAAUCAAAUCUGUUGUACUAUUUAUUGUGGAAGUUUUUAGUCAGAUAUUUAGUAUGAAAAUAUUGAUCAUGGAUAGACAAUAACACAAAACAUAGAUCAUUUAGAUGUUCUUAUGACAUGAUUGUGCAAAAAAUAAUUAAUUUGAUUAUCUUGAGAGUGGAUGUUUGUGUAUUGUGAUACAGAAAUCGGAUUGUGGCCACCACCAUGAUUUUGCGCACAUUUGCAGUCACAGCCGGCAGGCAGGACAUGGUCGAUAUCAGGGCCUAAAUAACAUAUUUCGCAUCAACAGAUUAAAAUGAAAUUACACCAAAAACUAGAUAAGAUGUUAAAUAAAUGCACGACAGUACAUACCUUUUGUUUUGUCCUGAACUUGCGAUCUGUGAUUUUGAACGCAUUGAAGCUGUCCCGAUUUUUAUCCAGCGAUUCAAUAGUUAAGCAACGUUUGCUUUUAAAUUGCGAACGGGAUGAGAGAACAAAAUGUCCUCAUAAGCUUGUCUUGCGAGGAAAUCCCUACUUGACAACCAAUAAAAACCUGUAUUUUACUAACCCCCACCCCCACAACCUCUCGAGUGGCACGCACAGGCAGUGAGCAGAUCAAGAGCACCACUGUUGGCAGGAAUUUGUAACAACGCUACAAGAUGGCAUUCCAAACUGGUCCCAUUUGCCUGCAUUUGGCCCCUAUUCCUCUAAGCCCUUUCUAUCCACCUACCUGUCUGUUCUUGUGACUGCAUUUUGUUUCCAGGCAGAGACUGCACAGGUUUGUGACAGAGCGUUGAGUGAGUAUUAAUGCAAAUGCUGUGUCAGACUUCAUCUGGGGGUUUCGGGCAGCAGUCUAAACAUCGGGCUGAAAUGCAGUCUGCGGAUGGCCCGGCAGCAAGGUCUCUGUUCCCCUAACAAAGUAGGAGUAACCCAUUCAACCCAACGAGUCUGUGUCAGCUUGAGCAUUCCUGUCAACCAGAGAUAAAGGUGGGUGUAAAUUCAUCAGUUGGACCGAUAGAUGGAAAGGAAAGGUUUACAUGAAUACGAGGCAAAUGCAAACAAAUGGACUAGCUCAGGUAGGCACUGUGGUCGAUUUGGACUUUGUUGGGCAAAGGAUCUGUUUUGCUGUAUAACUCUGUAACUAUAUCAAUGAGUCCCAUUUCCUCGAUUUUCUUCCUGUUAUCUAUUUUCUCCCACUAGCCCACGUUCGGCCACUCCAACUGAUAAAGGAGACAGUGCCUGUACCAGCAAUCUUUGCAAAAUUAACUAAAAUUAAAUAUCCAAAAAUCCCUGCAUUCUGCGGGGUCUCAACCCAAAACAUCACCUACCCAUGUUCCCCAGAGAUGUAGCCUGACCCGCUGAGUUACUCCAGCACUCUGUCAUCUUUUGUGAACCAGCAUCUGUAGUUCCUGUGUCUCCAAAAAUCACUCUCAGUUCAAUACCCAUUUUCCCCCCCUACAGGCUCAAGUUCAAUAAAGUUGAUGUUGAUUUUCUGAACAUUGAACCUUCAGAUAUAAGAAUCCAAAUCAUAAACAUUGGUGUUUUUUUUCAGAUAAAGUCUCUUCAAAAUCUCCUUUUGUGCUCUUUACCCAAAUGUGGGCUAUUUACUUGAAGUGAUCUUGUGGCUUGGACAUUGCAUGUAAUGCACAUCCGGGGCAUGUAUUUCACACUGGUUCAAAAUGCUGCAACCUUACGUGAUAUGUGUGUGUGUGUGUGUAUCUUUGUAUUUUCAUAUUAGUAACUGUUGCAGGUAAACAAGGUUUCUCCAUAGUUAUGCACUUGUAAAGCUAUAUCAUACAAUUGGUACCUUAUGUUUACUGUCUCUUUUGAGGGUUGCCCAGCAGUGUCAGCCAUUGUUUACAUAUAAAAGUGGGGAUGUUUCCUGGGAUACUCUGUAUGAUUGCCUUACAUUUAAAUAUAAACAAUGGCUAACAGUGACACGCCACUGAGCGACCCUCAAAAGAGGGACGAAACAUAAGGUAACAAUUGCAUUACAUAGUUUUACAAGUGCAUAACAAUAGGGGAACUUUGUUUACCUGCUACUCCUAUUAAAUUACAGAUAUGUGCACACAUACACAUACAAUAUUCUGUCACAGCUUGAGUUAGACAUCACAACCAUGCAAAUUGCUUAAUCUUCAGAUAAUGAGUUUGUGUGUUUGUGGUUAAUACCUCAGCAGCAUAUUGAGCCAUAAAACCUCGGCUGCUGUGUGUAUACACGAUGAGUCAAUGUUAUUACUUUGUACAGCUCGUUUUGUCUUUCUAGUCAAUUCAGGGCCUUACUUGAAUUCCAUGGCAUUGUCAACAUUAUCAGUAAUGUGUCAACCGAAUGGUAUGGGAUCAUUGCAACUCACCUGUUCAAGCAGCAUCUCUGGAGAAAAGGAAUAGGUGGUGUUAAGAGUCGAGACCCUUCUUCAGAUCUGAUUCCUUUUCAACUAUUCAUUUUCUCCAGAGAUGCUGCCUUAUCCGCUGAGUUACUCCAACCUAUUGUGUCUGUCUUCGGUUUAAACCAGCAUCUGCAGUUCCUCCCUCGAUGGUAUGGUUGGUUGGCUGGAACAGUAUUAAAUCUCUUGCCCUAAAAAAAAAUGAACUUUUUGUAUACAUUUUUAUUGAGCUAUUUAUUAAAGAAUCAUUUCCUAAUAAAUAAGGAAAAU